AUGAAUUGUAGCAUUAAAGCUCUUAGAGUAGUUAUUGAUAGGAAAUUUUGUUUCAUUACAGCUGAGGCUGUGGCAGGAUCAACAGCAUGGCUUGGUAGAAGUCUGUCUUGUGUAUGUGUACAGAGAAGAGAUAGUGAUGCUUCUAGCUUUUUUUAUUUAACUCUAGCCCAGGAGGAAUGCUUGCAGAGGCUACAGAGACGAAUACAUGUUCCAUAUGAUAGUUCUAUAAUUGAGCACCAGGAUAUUGAUAAGAAGGAUGUUUCUCUUAGCAAAUUCAAGGGGGAGGUUCUCUUGAUUGUCAAUGUUGCUUCACGAUGUGGCUUGACAUCAUCAAAUUACACAGAACUCCCGCACUUGUAUGAAAAUUUUAAAGAUAGAGGUUUGGAGGUUCUAGCUUUCCCUUGCAAUCAAUUUGGCAUGCAGGAGCCUGGAUCAAAUGAAGAAAUUAAGCAAUUUGCUUGCACUAAGUUCAAAGCAGAAUUUCCAAUUUUUGAUAAGGUUGAUGUAAAUGGACCAUUUACUGCUCCAGUAUACCAGUUUCUGAAAUCAAGUUCCGGGGGCUUUUUUGGUGAUCUUGUCAAGUGGAAUCUUAAUUAA